UUCGGUUCGUCCGGCCGGAGAUUGCUGUACGAGACGAUUCUUCUAGAGAGCUGAAAGCUAUUGCAGGGAAACUUGGUUUUUGUCCCUUGAUUAGUCGAGUAUUAGUUUUAUCUUGUUGUACAUUGUUUGUUGUGGUGCUUAUCGCGUGUGUUGUUGAGUGUUUAUAUUACUUGAAAUAGAACUAGCGAUGGCAACUGAAGUUGAAAAUAACGCACCCGAAACAAAGGAAAUUAAGGAGGAGAUACCGUCCGGCGACAACAAAGCCGAGGAGGCCGGUAAACAAGAAAAUGCCGGCGACGCGCCUGCUUCAGCAAAAGAAAAAGAACCAACUCCUCCAAAAGUAUUGGUACACAAAUCAAAUUUCGAAAAAGAUGUCGUCUAUUUAUAUCAGUUUUCGCGUACACCACUGCUACCAUCCCUUUCGCCCUAUUGUUUGAAAGUUGAAACAUGGUUGAGACUAGCUGGCGUCAAAUAUGAGAAUGUCGACCACAAAAUGAAAUACCGCUCAAAGAAAGGCCAGUUGCCGUUUAUAGAAUUGAACGGAGAAGAAAUCGCUGACAGUGCCAUCAUCAUAAAAGAUCUUUCGCAAAAAUUCGGUCAUGAUCUGGAUGCGUGUUUGACAGCGGAGCAGAGAAAUCUGGCCCACGCCACAAUUUCUAUGAUCGAAAACCAUCUAGCCUGGGUCGUAAUGUGGUGGCGCACAAAAUAUCCUGAUCAAGUGCUCAAGGGAUACAAAGUAAAUUUACAACACGCACUUGGAACCAGGAUACCCAACGGUAUUCUUAAUUUCUUCUUUAAAUUUGCUUUUGGUAGAAAGUGGUUCCAGGGAACCAAAAAGGUCAAAGCACAAGGAAUGGGAGUUCAUUCAGCGGAUGAAAUUAACGAAUUCGGCCAGGAGGAUUUGAAAGUAUUGUCAGAAAUGUUAGCCGAUAAACCAUUCUUCUUCGGAGACGAACCCACUACAUUGGACGUUGUUGUUUUCGCACACCUGGCUCAAAUCUACUUCAUCGACAAAGAGGUGAGCUAUCCAUUGAGAGAUUUCAUGACAGAAUCCUGCCCCAACUUGGUGGGUUUGGUUAACCGUAUGAAAGAGAGAUGCUUUUCUGACUGGGACGACAUUUGCACAACAUUGGACUUGAAUUCUCAUUUACCCAAGCCCAAAGCCGAAGAAUCAAAAGAUAACAAAGAGGAAAGCAAAGACGAGAAGGAGAGUGACAAAGAAAAGGAACCAGAGGAGAAAGAUAUUGAGAAGGAAAAGGCUGACGAAAAAGAAAAGGAUAAGGCUAAAGAGAAGUCAGAAGAGAAUAAGGAGAAGGAAGGGAAAUAGGAAGGUGGUUGUCUCACACGCCCCACUGCCGAGGCUCAUUAAUUUCUCUUUUGUUGUCUUUCGUCUUAUAAAUUCAUUUUCAUUUAAUAUAUACGAUUAUAAACUAUGUGCAACAAAUCUUAGUUUAUAAGAUUCAUUCACUUUUAAUUGAAAUAUAUUUAAAAUACUCUUGUCAGUGACAGUUAUUGUAGCUUUUUUUAUAAAAUAUAUAGGACACUUAUUCGCAAGAUAUAUUCAUUAACAGUUAAGACAAUUGUUUGUAUAAAAUAAUUUUAGCUAGGUUUUUUAUUGUAAGCAAAUGUAUGUCUAAAAAAAUUGACGGGCAGGAAAGAUUUUAUGAAGACACCGAGUUCAUCACUCUUUCAGCCUAUCAAGAUUUAUUCAUGUUAGUGCAGUCUCAAUGUAUCCACUAUAUGUCCAGUUAGUAGUACAUUAUAUUCAUUCCACAUUUUAGCAGUCACGAGUGGCAAUACUAUCACUCGAUCUAUUACAUUUCCCGGUUAAUAAUGGUGCCUAUUGUAAAAUUUCAACUUUUUUAUACUUGACGCUCUAAUUUUAUAAGGGCGCAAAUAUCUACGUAGAAUCAUUUUUAUCUGGGAAGUGAAUCAUUAAUUCUCGUCCUUUGGAUUUUUCAAUAUUGCUACACAACAUACAGAGUGCCCCAACUUUUUUGAUGACAGUCUUAGCGCACGAUCGCUCUUCAUUGGUACACUUUGUAUACCCGACAAUUUAUGCAUCAAUUAUUAAAGAUCUCAUUCCCAUUUCUACAAUUUUGACAGAUCCUAAAGGAGAGAUAAGACUUGUCUAUACCGUAUCACAAAAUUCUCAUUGCUUGUCUGUCAUACUACUGUAGAAUUUUGUAUUUUUUUAUCAAAUGAUUUUUGAAGAUUUGACAUGACAAUUUGUUGAAUUAAAUUGACAUAACGAUACGAAUGAAUGAAAUAUCGUUAAUUUUUAAUUUGGAAGUUAUUGUACUAUCAAUUACUUUAAUUUACUACAACUGUGUUGUAUGCUAUAUUAAUUUAAUUAAAUUGGUAUUUUAAGUU